AUGGAGACAAUUAAAAACACAGUCAAAGAGGCUACUGGUGGCAAGGGCCAAUUCGAGCAGGGCUUUCUCCCACCGGUCUCUCACCAAGAUCCUCCCGGGAAAGAGGGUGAUUUGCCCGUUGAGGCUAUUCAUGAUAAACUCCCAACUGCGGACGGCGGGUGGCAGCCAUACAAGGCGGCUGGAAAGUUAGAGGGCAAGAAGGCUCUCAUCACUGGUGGAGACAGCGGCAUUGGACGGGCGAUAGCGAUUUUGUAUGCCAUGGAAGGUGCCGACAGUUUCAUCGUCUACCUAGCAGAAGAAGAGGAAGAUGCUCAAGAGACCAAGCGCCGGGUCGAGAAACUUGGACGGACGUGUCAUCUCUUCUCCACCGACCUUAGGCGACCCGAGAAUUGUCAAAAGGUGGUAGACGCCGCGCUGCAGGCCAUGGGCAGAGUCAACAUUUUGGUCAACAAUGCCGCGUACCAGAUGAUGCAGAUGGACAUCACAGACAUCUCCAUUGAGCAAUGGCACAAGACAUUCGAGACGAACAUCCACCCAUACUUUUACCUUGCCAAGUUCCUUGUCCCACAUAUGAAGCGUGGUGAUGCCAUAAUCAACAACGCAUCAAUCAAUGCUUACAUCGGGCGACCCGACCUUCUAGACUACACAUCUAGCAAAGGAGGCAAGUUCUCCCCUCAAUCAGCCUGGCAAAUGAGCAAGGGCAUCCGAGUCAACGCUGUUUGUCCCGGUCCAGUAUGGACGCCCCUCAUCCCGAGUACCAUGAACGAAGACGCGCAAAAGCAAUUCACCUCGCCCCUGGGCCGCCCUGCACAACCGAGCGAAAUUGCCACGUGCUUUGUGUUCCUGGCAAGCUCGGACAGCAGCAUGAUUAGCGGACAGAGCUUGCACCCGAACGGCGGGGUGAUUGUGAACGGUUGA